AUGGAAAGGGACACUUCAGCGCUGGCUCCGGCACCGGUGCCGGUGGCGGUGGUGUCCCCGCAGUUCUGCGCGCCGCACGUGGUGCCGCUGACGGUGACCAAGAAGGCCAUGAGCUUCUCCGGCGGCGACUUCACCGUCACCGACGACGCUAGCGGCGCCGUCGUGCUGCAAGUCAGGGGCACCUAUCUCAGCGUCCGGAGACACCGGGUGCUGCACGACGCCGCCGGACGGGCCAUCCUCACCAUGCAGCGGAAGGUAUUUAGUAUGCGUGAAAAAUGGAAAGUGUUCAGAGGGGAUAGCACGGCUGCAAAUGAUUUGCUAUUCACAGUGAAGAAAACAUCCAUUUUCCAAAUGAAGACAAAGUUGGAUGUCUUUCUGGCUGGGAACACCACAGCAGAGCAGGUAUGUGAUUUCAAGAUCAAGGGUAGCUACUUCGAGAGGUCUUGUGCCUUCUAUCGCGGCAACUCCAACGUACUGAUUGCUCAAAUGAAUCGCAAGUUUACUUUGUCAAAUGUGCUGCUCGGAAAGGACACGUACAGUGUUAGCGUGUUCCCUCACGUGGACUACGUGUUCAUUGCGGCUCUUGUUGUGAUUCUGGAUGAGAUACACAGGGAUCGAUCCAAAUGA